AUGUCUGUUGGUACUGUAAUCUCUCAACCAAUUUCUGAUUUAACAAUUAUUAAAGGAGACCCUGUCACCAUUGGCGACAAUGAUAAUCCUGUACCAGUAUUGGUUGUUGAAUUUUGGGCUACUUGGUGCCCUCCUUAUAGAGCUUCAAUUCCGCAUUUGACUGAAAUCCAGCAAAAAUUUAAAAAUGCUACGAUUCUAGGUGUUACAUACGAGAAAGAUGUAGAUAAAAUAAAAACCUUUGUGCAAGGUAUGGGUGAUCAAAUGGAUUAUACUGUGGCUGUUGAUACUAACGAAACUGCUAAAAGUGGGUGGUUUAAAGAGGUUAACCUGUUUUAUAUCUUGAUUAAAUCAUCCACUAACUUAUUAAAAAAAAUGAAAGCCAUUUUCCAACCAAGUGGUGCUCGUGGAAUUCCAACGGCCUUUAUCUUGGUUAAAAAUAAAAUAGUUUGGCAAGGGCAUCCAAUGGCUGAAGAGUUUGAAGCUGAAUUGCAAAAAGCUGUUUCUCAAGGAGAGCUCAACGGCUGA